UAUUUUGCCCCAUCUGGAUAACGAAACUUUUUUUUCCUCGUAAUUUUUUUAGUGUUUGUAAGACACCAUAGCACUGAAUUGUCAACAUUCGACAUGUCGUCUGACAACAAACGUGAAUCAGAGGAAACCCCAAUGGAGCAGACAGCAGAUGAUUCAAGCUCCAAGACUUCUCAAGACACCCCUGGAGGUAACGCUGAGACACUCAAAUGUCAGACUUCGUCAUCAGAAAGCAAGGAAUCAGGGAAGGAAUCAGGGAUGGAAUCAGGGAUGGAAGCAACCAGCAUGGAGCAGGAAGCUCAAUGUGAAAGUAGAACUGAGAAUAACUCAUCAGCAGCUAGCACAGACAAUAGGAUGGAAGAGGAAAGUAAAGACUCAUCAGCGGCGGCGAGUAGUAAUGGUAGUGUUGUAGGAGCAGGAGGUGGAUCAACGGUGGCCAGCGGUGCUGCAGCUAGUGCAGUAGACAAAGGUGAAAUGGUAGAAUUGAAGAUCAUGUAUAACAAGAAGAAAUAUGAUGUGAGGGUCGGUGUGGAGUCGACCGUGGCGGAGCUCAAGACAGAAAUUCAGACAACAACAGGCGUUCCACCUGCUAUGCAGAAAUUAAUGUUCAAAGGUCUGAUGAAAGAUGAGAAGACACUGAAGGAACUGAAGGUUACCAGUGGAUCUAAACUCAUGCUGAUUGGAUCUACAGCUAAAGCUGUGAUGGAGGUCACAAAGCCUGUACCUGCUGGUGGAAUAGUCGAGAAAGAUGAGAAAGCAAGUGCCGCCAAGGAGCCCCUAAGUAAACUUAAGAUGCAUAAAAAGAUCAUUGAUAAAGGCAAACCAGAUGAUGCUAUGAUUGGCAUCAAGAACCAACAUGAACCGCUUCCAAAUGUUCCAAUAUCUGGCAUGCUGAACAAAGCUGGAGGAAAGGUUCGACUCACUUUCAAAUUAGAAUUGGAUCAAGUGUGGAUCGGUACAAAAGAGAGAACAGAAAAGAUCAACAUGAAUUCCAUCAAGAAUGUUCUCAGCGAACCCAUUGAGGGGCAUGAAGACUAUCACAUCUUGGCCAUCCAGCUUGGUCCAACGGAAGCUUCCAGGUAUUGGAUCUACUGGGUUCCUGCACAAUAUGCAAAGGGAAUUAAAGACACGGUUCUAGGAAAAUGGGUGUACUUUUGAUCCAACCUGUAACAUCAACUCUACAUGAUUAUGAAAGUGAAGAGAAUUCCAUCCUGAACUUUUUACACGGAUGGACAAAGGAAGGAUUGCGAUUGUCUGAUGAUAAUCUUGAAUCAAACAUUUGUGCAAGGCUUCCAUGUUGCUCCUAUCGCUGAGAUGAAUGAAGCUGUAGAUGCCUGAAUUCAGCAGCUGCCUGUUCUUCAUAGACUGUACAAAAAUAAUCAGAGAAGCAUGUAAUGUAGCUAAACCAGUCAUUAUCUGUCACAAAAGUGUAACGGUACAUACAUGUUAUGGGCUUGCAAUAAGAAGUUUACAUGCUGAGUGACUAAAAUGUAUUCAGUCCAUGGACUGUCUCAAUGUUUGACCCAUUUUGCUAAGGUCUCACAAAUGAUAGGUGUUGACCCCGUCCCCACUAUCUGAUAACACUAAUAGCUAUUAACCUGCAUAAUCAUACAACCAAAGUUAUGUACAGGAUGAAUGGGAACAUAGGUAUUGAAUAGGACUGGUGUUGUUUUUACUUAAUUCAUUCUUUCAUUUCUAUUUUUUUAGGCGGGCAGUAUUUUGUGAACACACAUAUUGGAUUAAAUACCCAAAUUACACACAAAUGCCCUUUUUUAAAUAGAAAGGGACCAGGGCUAAUAGUAUAUGUACAUUUUCAAGUAUAUUAAAGAACCAGCUCCUUUAAAGAACCAUCUCUCCUGAACUAAAUCCUUGUUAUGUGUCACUCUUUCAAGAAGGUAAUCUAAGAAUUAAAAGGGUGAUGACUACCUUAGGUGGUCUCAAAUCUCAUUAUUUAUUUUUUUUAUUUUUAGAUAUAUAAAUCUAAUUCAAGCACUUUGAAAUAAAUAUUUCUUUGUGAUGAUAAAAAACUGUCCAAAAGCUUGUGUGCAUGUAUGAAAUGAGCAAUUUGCAUGUCAGUUUCAACCCUCAUCUACUUAACAAUAUACAUUGUAUGGGAACCUUCUGAAAAUGGAAUGUUAUACCAAUCAUUUUUUAUAUGCUCAAAGAUGUUGCAUAAGCAUGCCUUAUAUCUCAACAACUAACAGCAGUUUGUACUUUUCAUCACUUAGGUAACCAGGUGUGAAGGGCUUUGAAAUGGUUAACAAUGGACAAAGCAAUCUCAUGUAUUGUUCUUAUCUAGGACGAAAAGUGCCCACUUGACCACGGAGGGAGUAUAACUCUAUGGCAAUAAGAAUGUAUGGAUCAUAGCAUGGUUAAGGGCUAGUAAGGCAUAGAGACUUGGAGAGAAAAGAAUGCAUUGAAAAGAAGAAGACUCUCUCAUCCCAGUAAACAAUGAUUGAAAGGAAGAAGAAAUCUAUUAAUCCCAGGAGGUAAAAGAGUGGUUAUUCUGGAGAGAAAAGAAUGCUGUGAAUAGAGGGAUCUAUAAUCUGAUGAAAUAAAGUGACUACCGGUAGUUUAAUAAUCAAGAAGUAUCCUAAGAGAAAACAUUGUAUUGAUGAGAAGAAUCUCUAAUCUGGGUGUGUAAAAUGGUUAAGAUUAGUUCUUUAAGAUUUAUCUGGAGUAAAGAUUGCUUUACAAAGGAGAAUCUGUAAUCCCAGGAUGUUGAAGGACUGAUUUAUCAUAUUUUAAAUCCUGGAGAGAAAAACUACUAUGAAAAAGAUCUCAGAGGGUGUAAAAGGGGUGAUAAUCCAAGAAAUCUCUAGAGAGAAAAAAUGCCUUGAUAACAACAAUAGUGGCCAAUCUCUCUUUUGUUAAGUACAAAUGUAUAGGCGUGACCAUUACAUUAUUGUAAGAAGGUAAAUAUGGUCAUGGAACAAGAACAGGGUGAUUGAAAUAUUUAAUCUCAUAUGUCUGAAAUAUGGUUAACAAUUAGUUAAAAGUGCAUUUAUUCCUACGGUUUUUCAUGUAAAAAUGAUACAGAAGUGAAAAUACAAAGCUUGACCAGUACAUGCACUACUGGAUUUCUUUCAUGUUUCAUUUUACCGUCCCAGGAAAAUAAUCACGGUUCAGAGGAAAGCUCAGCAUGCCUCAUUAGUAGCUUGAACAGAAACAAUUCAUAUUCAUGUACAGUAUAUGUAUCUAUAGAGAUAUAUUAUGGAAUGGAAGCUGUUCUCUUUUACAUUUAUUCUCAAAAACAAUCAAGUUUAGCAGAUGCAGUUUCCAUGUACUCUAAAGUAUGUCUGUUUUCUAAACUAACUUUUCACCCUUGAAAAUCCAAUUCAUCAGUGAGGCUGGCAUCUCCCUAAAAUUGCAAAUUUGCUUACGUUAAAUUCUGAAUUUGAAAACAAAAUCAUGCUGUCUGAAAGUACUGUAACCAUGGAAUAAAUGUUAAUUUACUCCAGUUAAUAGUCCUUUGGAAAUGUCAAAUAAAAAACGCAUCUAAUCAGACUAUGAAUAUGUAUGAUCUAGUGAUCUUGAAUAGGAUGGAAAAUCUGGAACUGAAUACAGAUCGAGGCAUGACAUAGAACCAUUCCUUCAUCCAUCCAACUAUUAUCUGCUUAUAUAGUGGUCUAGUGGAUAAUAUUCUCUUAGAUAAGUCAAUGGACUGUAGAUUCGGUUCAUAUCCCAGCCUGGCACUAACAUCCUUUGACAAGAUGUUAUUCCACAAUUGCCACUCUCCACACAGUUGUCUAUGAGUACCUGAUACUUGAACGCUAUAGUUACCAAUAAUUUUGUUUUCCAGCUAUAGCCAGGGUAAUAACGUCUAAGUGCCAUGGUUUUUACUUCAUUAGGGAUAUGAGGGAUAUAUAAGUUAAUAAUUCUAUUGUUUCUCACAUUUACUUUUGGAGUAGUACCUGCUAAAAUACCCUCAGAAAUUUACAUUAAAUAUACCAGUAUUGAGAAAUGAAAUAAAAUGUGUAGGUAUUGGAUUUUUAAUGCACCAUGAUUAUGCUAUCAUUGAAAAUUAUUUGAAUUUUCAUUUAUGAAGUAGAUGAUGGUAACAGAUGACAAGUUAGAUUAUCUCCUUUAAUUUGGCAAACAUAAAUUUUGUGUGGAAUACAUUAAAUGGUCACUCCUUUCUUCUUCAAGUUUAAAAUUCAUUUAAAUUAAUGUUUAACUUCAAACAAUGAACUUUGUUAUUCAUUUAGAGGAUGUAGUCUUCACUAAGUAUUACAAAAAAUCAAAUACUUGACAUUCUUUGUUCCUUUGUUUAAAAGUGACAUGUAUGAAAUGUUUUCUUAGAUCACACCUUUUCAGAAUGAGAUAUGAUGAGUACAUCACGUUUAAUUUGGAAAGGGCAUUUGUUAACUGAUUACCUUGCAUAUUCCAUCUAGAAUGUCCCAAACAUUAAUGGAAACAUUAAUUUUAUUCUGUACGACUAGAUUACAUGUCGAUCACGUCUCCAUUAUCCUUAUUGGAACCGAUUCAUUAUGGAACUAUGUCAAGGAUUAAUAGAGCGAAAGCUCAAUAACCUUUCAAGAAACAGUAUUGAAGGAUCAUUUUUCAAACAGAGUCGUUUGUGAAUUGUGAUGUAUGAAAUGCCUGAUGUAGAUUGGGUGACCCUACAUUUGCUCCUGCAACAAUUAAUUGAUUCAGUCUUUAUUUUGUCAAAGGUAUAGGCUUAGUAUUGUGAUUGUGUAUUAGGCUGGGUUUAGGGUUAGGGUUAAUCUUGGGUAUAGUGAAUGGGUCAAGGGGUAAUAGUUAAAGGGUGUGGUACUUAAAAUUCAUGUUCUACAUAAUGUAAUCUCUAAUUGUCACAACAUGUCAAACAUGCUUUUCAUAAACCAAAAAUAAUAUGCUUUAUUUUGGGUUAAGAUAGAAAACAUUAGAGGUACUGAAUAUAAAGUAGGUUUUGCUCAAAAGUAUAGUCAGGCAUGGAUUUAGUCUCAGUUUUCAAUAUUAUCUUUGAAUGCUAUUUUUGUUCUCAUAUUGUGUUUUUUAUAAUUUCUUUCUUUGUUUUUGUUUUAUUGGGCCAUUUUCCAUGUGUGUCACAAAUUACAACUUUAACAAAUUAAAUAUAAUAUUCAUGUUCAUCGUGAGUUUGAAUAUUUCUGUUUAUAUCCUUUAUGAUUUUCUCUGUCAACCUUACAUUGACCCAUCUCCCUGCAUUGACGCACUCUAAACAGUUUUAUCGUGAAGCGUUGUAUGCAAUAUUACAAUUUUGAGAAAUUCGAUGGAAUCAUAUAGUUGGAAGAAAUCGUUGAUUGAUUCAUAUAAUGUGUUGUGGCUUACUGUAUUUCCUCAAAAUGUUGCUUAAUAUAAUUAUAUUCAUGUUAUCAGAACUCAUGAGGUUUAUCUAUUACUUUGAAUGAUCUCUGAGUCUGAAGAUUUUUUUAUUACAUUAUUAAAGGGCAUGUCAUUUGA